GGAGGGAAAAAACAUGCACACAACUAGACCAAAGAGGAGGCAGCUGUCAACAGAGUAAAACAGCGAGAGUUGCGGAACAAAAGGACAAAUAAAGAGGAAAGAGGAACGCCGGCUGUCUACACCUCUGUCCGAGGCCCGUCCGGUGCCAGCUGGAGAGAGAGAGUCGACCGAGGCAGAGCGCACAGGAACGGGCUACUGGAGUGAGAAAGCUUCGUUGAACGGACACCGCUGGAGCUCCUCUCUGUGACUGACAUUCUAUGCAAGGACAGUGCAGCUCAUACUUAUCGCAAUUAAAGUGGAAGAGGCUGUGUCCUGUUACAGACCGGUGGCCUGUUUUGUUGUCAAGUGAUGGAUUCCCCCACAGAUCUUUUUGAUGACUCUACUCCCCAGAUACACACCUUUGCCCCCCCUCUCUGCUCCACUGACGUGUCUGGCGUUCAUCCUCAGCCAAGUACAGGUCGUCCACCUCCGACCUUCAGACCCCCUGGUUUUCCCCUCAUCCACCACCUCCUCCAGCCAGGUGGAGCCCCCAGGAGGAUUGGAGGGCAACUCCACACACAUAAUACAAACCUCACCAUGCACAGACACCAGGAGGACAGAAAUGUGGAUGAAGAUGGAGGAGAGGGGGACGGACGGGUGGAGCAAGGGACGGAAGGUGGAGAUGAGGGAGUGAUGGAGGGAGAGGACAGCUUGUUGGGGGUGAAGAAGAGGCACAGUGAUGCCACCCUUGCAUCCGAGUGGAGUCAAGACGUCUUGAGAGUCAAGAGGAUGAAGCUUGAGAGCCGACGGAGAGAUGGGGAGACAGAUGAGGGAGGCAGGAAGCGUGAGGUAGGGAGAGAGGGGAGGAGACGAGAGAGAGAGGAGCUGAAAGAGCAGCUGGAGGAGGCAAGGGAGAGACUGCAGGCCCUACAGGAGAAAGUUUGGAGAGCUUUUGGGGAAAAGCACAUAACAGAGGAGGAGAAGAAAAGGAGGAGUGGAAAUGGAAACAGAGGAGAAGGAGCUGUAGGGAUAAUAGAAGAUGAGGACAUUGCAGAAGGGAUAUAUGAUGAAGAGGACAUUGAUGGGGGUGAGAUGGAAAAGGAAUCUUUCUCCCUUCUCUCCGCUUCCCCUUUUGACAACUUCCACAACCUCAAACGAAGAGAAGAGCAGCAAAAAGAUAGAGAGGGGAGGAUGGAGAGAGGGAGAGGAGGAGGGUUACACUUGGAGGGCGUGAUGGAGGGAGUGGGGUUGUGGUUGGAUUGCGGCGGGCUGGUGAGAGGAGACUGGGAUGGAGGGAUAGAAGACGAGGGCGAGGAGGGAGGGCAGAAGUUUGCUCAGGCGCUGAAGCUGGAGCUGGGCAGCGCUGUGGCUCGAGUCAUCGACCGCGUCCUCCGCCUUUACACCGAAACCGCCGAUUUCGCUCCUUCCUCUCCUCCCGCCGCCAUCUCUUUCCUCCCGUCGGACACGGGAAACGAUGGAGGGAGGGAGAGAGGGGUGUGGAUGGGACUGUUAACUAGAGGAAGAGGAGAGGAGAAGAUGGGAGGUAAGGAGGCAAAGAUGGGAGGGCACGAUGGAGAAAGAGAGAAGCAGCUCCAGAAAAUGAGCAACGGAAGCAGCUUGCCUCCAGAUCAGUCGCAUCGCAAUGAACAAUCAGAUCUGGCGAUGCCGUUGGUUGUUCAAAGGUCACCUGACAUACGGAAGGCCCACCCGCUCCUCGGCCCACCUCUCCCUUCUCACCUGAACCCCUCUCACCCGAACCUCUCCCUGCAUCACCCCUCUCUGCCUCGUCCCCCUCCUCUUUCUCACCCUCCCCUCUUACCUCCAGCUUCACAAUCCAAGGACCCCUCCGCCUCCUUCCACCCGUCCUCAUCCUCCUCUUCUUCCUCCUCAUCCUCCUUCCCUGCACCUCCCCCUCCUCCACCUCCUCCUCUCCCUCUCCCGCUCCUCCACUACUCCAUGCAGCAGCUCUUCUCUCGCUCUCUCCACCACCCUCAGCUCCCCCACCUACCUCCGUCCCGCAAGGACUAUCUGAACUCGGAUCCCUUCUUGGAGUUCCCGUCUCACCCGUCAUUCCCCCCACUCCCUCUGCUUGGUCACCUGGACCCCUCCCUUGCACGCCACGCUCACGGAGGAAGGGAGAGGGAGAGGGGGAUCAGAGGAGACGGUGGGAUGAGAGGAGGAGGGAUGGACGGAGGAGAGCUCUACCUGACAGCUGGGGGUGUAUACACCCAGGAGGGCUUGUCUCCCUGCCAUUUGAAGAAAGCCAAGCUCAUGUUCUUCUACACACGCUAUCCCAGCUCCAACACGCUCAAGACGUACUUCCCUGAUGUCAAGUUUAACCGCUGUGUGACCUCCCAGAUGAUUAAAUGGUUCAGCAACUUCAGAGAGUUCUUCUACAUCCAGAUGGAGCGAUUUGCACGACAGGCUGUCCGCGAGGCUCUCAUCCGGGAUGGUCCACCUCGUCUGGGCAGAGAGAGCCAGCUGCGAGUGGGUCGAGAUACAGAGCUUUAUCGCAUACUGAACAUGCACUAUAAUAAAAGUAACGUCUACCAGGUCCCAGAGAGGUUUAUCGAGGUGUCAGACAUCGCUCUGAGGGAGUUUUACUCGGCCAUUUGGACUGGGAGAGACAGCGACCCCUGCUGGAAGAAAGGGAUAUAUAAAAUCAUCUGUAAACUUGAUAGUCCUGUACCAGAUGCCUUCAGACUGCCUGGCUGUCCUGUCGGCUGACUUCCAAACCACUUUCAUCUGGUACAUAUACACAAAUGCAUGCACAAAUACAAUCUUACUGAAGAGCAUAUACAAACAUAUACCAUAACAGACUCUGAGAACUGCUCUGAGGACCUCUGACUCUACAGUUCAGUUGAUUCAUAAUUCAUUCACUUGGAGGAAAAAAAAAGAUAAUUUAGGAAACUAAAAGGAUUUUGUUUGACAUAGUGUUUAGGGGAAGACAUGUACAUGCUUAAAUAGACACACACACACACACACAUACGCACACACAGGGUCAAUAGUGGACUGACACACUCAGUGCUAAGAUAAGAGUCUUGUGACUCCACUUAUCGAAGAACGUGACCAUACCAUUGAAUAAAGAUGGACAGAGCAGGAAUUCUCUUUCGACACAUUCUUCCCCAGUACGCUGACCUGUGAAAUCACAGUGCUGCUACAGAGCUCUGAUAAAAACCUUGAUGAGAACAAGUACUGCUUCAGAUACAGAGCUUGAAUGGACUGAUGGGAUACUUACUGUUUCAGAUAUGUUGUUUAAAUUCCACUCAUCAAUCAUUCAACAUGAAAACAUCAUAUACAUUCCCCAGCAGUCCUCAGUACCUACAAGUAAUCAAAUGUACUACUGACAACUGUUUACUCAGCAUGAGUGCUGCACAAGCACCAAGCAAAUAAUGAACAUUCAGACAAGGAGUCCAGAGCUUACACACAGUCCACGUUUCUCUGGGUCUGUAUUAUAUCUCUUUCAGCAGACGGCAGUGCUCCAACUCAGAGAGAUGAUA